UACCACAAAUAAAUAAAUAUUGAGUCCAGCAGGGACCUCGGCUUCCGUUGCGUUUCAUCCUCCUUGUUCAGCAAUUGUCCAAUACUGGACAGAGCUACGGGGUGAAGGCGAAGGCAGGAGAGAGUUUUUAGAGAUGAGGAGAACAACGCAAGCCAUUUGAAGGUUUUGGGUGACUGUACAUCCAGCGGUGUUUGUCGGAAAGCCUAAUCCUUCAUCCGGAGGAGAGAGGACGACUGCUCGAGCCGAGCAUCAUCGUAAAAACGCCUCUUUCAGGACAACGCGCAAAAACAAGGAAUACCUUUCAAGACGUAAUAUAAACAAUCUUUAAUUAUUAUAAAACUCCAGGGUUACGCUGAAAGACUCAUUUGCGGAUGAAAUAAUCGUUACGCGUCACCUAUGUGAUCCCGCAUCCCCACGAGGCGAAUAUACAGCGCUGUGAUGCGCAUGCGUUGAAUCGAUAUUUUUUACUAUAGUAAAUGCAGACAUCUUCUUAUACCUUAUUAAUCCGCAUGGUUUAGUUUUGUUUCACAUAUGUCUGCUUAAAUUUUGGGGGUGUAACUUAAAUGAAACACUUCAGAGACUUCGUCUCAGAUUGGCAUUAUCACAAUAUAUUAAUAUCGUAAAUUGUGCUCAAGAGUCUAUUUUAAACGCCUCACAAUUGAGGUUUUUGGGUGACCGCAAGUCGACAAAUCUCUUUCAUACGGAAAUACAGUUCACAGCGAGAGAAGGAAGAUGUCGGGUCAGACUUUGACGGAUCGCAUCGCCGCGGCGCAGUACAGCCUCACGGGCUCCGAGGUGUCGCGUGCUGUGUGUAAAGCGACCACGCACGAGGUGAUGGCACCCAAGAAGAAACAUCUAGAAUAUUUGAUCCAGGCAACCCAGGAGUCAAAUGUCAAUAUCCCUCAGAUGGCUGAUACUCUGUUUGAGAGAGCAGGAAAUGCCAGCUGGAUUGUGGUCUUCAAGGCUUUGGUCGCUACUCAUCAUCUGAUGGUCCAUGGCAAUGAGAGGUUCAUUCAGUACCUUGCCUCCAGGAACACUCUCUUCAAUCUUAGUAAUUUUUUGGACAAAACUGGCUCCCAUGGUUAUGACAUGUCAACGUUUAUCAGACGCUACAGCAGAUAUCUGAACGAGAAGGCUUUUGCUUAUAGACAGAUGGCUUUCGACUUUGGUCGUGUGAAGAAAGGUGCUGAUGGUGUGAUGAGAACCAUGUCACCAGACAAACUUUUAAAAGGCAUGCCAACACUGCAGAGUCAGAUCGAUGCUCUGCUGGAGUUUGACGUUCAUCCAAAAGAUCUUGUCAAUGGGGUGAUCAAUGCUGCCUUCCUGUUGCUCUUCAAGGAUCUGAUCAAGCUGUAUGCAUGCUACAAUGAUGGGAUCAUUAAUCUUUUAGAGAAAUUCUUCCAGAUGAAGAAAGGACAGUGCAAAGACGCUUUGGAAAUCUAUAAAAGGUUUUUGACACGAAUGACCAGAGUUUCAGAGUUCCUCAAAAUCGCUGAGCAAGUGGGAAUUGACAAAAACGAUAUUCCAGAACUUACUCAGGCACCUGAAAGCCUUCUGGAGUCUCUGGAGACACAUCUUAACACAUUGGAGGGGAAGAAAGUGUCACCAACAAAGAAAGGAUCUCCAACAAAUAAUGGAACGCCAGCUGGUACCCCUGCGAAAACAGCAGAACCCGUCACCGCAGCUGCAGCUCCUGAGACCACCACAGCAGAACCUGCAAAAGCAGCACCAGCUGCAUCCACCAUAAAUAGUGGUUUUAAUGAUCUGGUGGAUUUCGAUCUUCUGGCACCAAGUGCAGGAGCUACAGCCGCUCCCACAGCAUCAUGGGGAGAUUUGCUUGGUGAUGACACUCUUGCUGCUCCAGCCGCUAGCGCUGAUGCACCAGUAUCUGGAGCUGACUCUGCCUCCGCAGUUCCUGCGGCCUCCGUUGCCGGGGCUACUGAACCUGCAGCCGAUGCCAUCGCUGCCCCUGCCUCACUGCCAGUGCCUGCGCCUGCUUCCACAAUCUCAGACAUGGACCUGUUUGGAGAUGCAUUUGCCCCCUCCCCAGGCGAUGGUCCAAACGAGGGCGUGGCCCCAGCAGCUGCUGCCGAUGCAUGUGGUGGAUCUGACCCCUGGGCACCAUCAGAGGGGAGUUCGAGUGUUGCACCAGAAUUGGACCUCUUUGCCAUGAAGCCAGCAGAGAGGGAAGUCACUGUGUCCGUAUCAUCCCCUACUAGCCCCGAGCCGAGCAUUUCACCAACAGCGGCCCCCUCUGUACCUACCGUGACUACCACAUCCACAACAUCUGCAACCGCCGAACCACCGGUCGUUCCGACACUAGACCUCUUUAGUGAUAUGUUUGAUUCUAUGCCUGAUCAAAGCUCCUCCACAGAGCCCAAAGCAACAACUCCUAGCCUAGACCUGUUUGGUGCAGAUCUUCCUGCCGUCUCUCGAGGGCCUUCACCUUUGCCUGAGGCCAGUGUGACUGGUGACCUGUUGUCUGACUCGUUUGAUGCUCCGGCUGUUGCUCCUGUGGUUGCUGCAUCUGCUGCUCCAGCUGCUCCCGUCUCUCCUCCUAAAGCUGAGCCUGGACCUGUACUAGACCUCCUUGACGCAUUCGGGGACACUGCCUUGGAGUCCCAGACCGUUGCACCCGUAGCACCAUCAGGUGACCUGCUUGGGGGGUUACUUUCACCAGUUGCCCCCACAGUUACCCCAGUGCCAUCUGCAGCCCCUGCUGACCUGCUGGAGUCAGAUUUUGAUGCCUUCGGCUCUGUGCCUGUACCUGCAACACCAGCGGCAACAGACAGCACUACUGCCACUACAGCGCCAUCUGGAGGCUUUGAUGCAUCAGUGUUUGACGGAUUAGGAGAUCUUCUGAUGCCAUCCGUAACACCUCAGAGCACGGGUGGGACUCCCAUGGCUACCGCCGGUACACCAGUAACACCUGGAAUUUUACCCACCACUGGUCCCACAAUGGCACCGGCGAUGAUCCCGACAAUGGUACCUGUGCCGACUGCCCAACCACUCAAACCUAUUGGUGGAGACUUGGACUCUUCACUUGCCAGUUUGGUUGGAAAUUUGGGAAUGGGAAGCCAAAAGAAGGAAAACCAGUGGAGCGAGAAGAAGCUAACAGGUGGAGCUAACUGGACCCCUCAGGUAGCCCCCACUAGCUGGGGCACAUCCGGCGCUCAAAUUCCUGGCUCUGCUACUGGAGCUUCAGGUGCUGCUGCCCCUCCUUCUGGAGCUAUGGCACCGCCCAUGGGAGCACAGCCAGGCUUUGGCAUGCCUGCAGUAGCAGGAGUGGGAGCUCCCAUGAUGCCUCAGCCUGCAAUGAUGGGACAGCCCAUGAUGAGACCACCAUUUACUAGUCCAGGAGCACCCUUGUCUCCAGGGCCAGCUGUUCAGAGCCCCAAAAAGCCACCCACCAAGGAUCCCCUUGCAGAUCUUAACAUCAAGGAUUUCUUAUAAUCCCUCAGGUAUGAUUAAAAUUUAACCACUGAACAAGGUCUCAUUUAUUACCAUUAGUUAAAGACGGGGUGCACGAUCUCUGUAAGGUGACAUUUGAAAUCACCUAAACAAAAAGCCCCUACCCCAAAAGAAUCUGGAAUUUCUUUUGAUAGACCCGCCCCACACAUACGCAACCCAGGCAACGAUGUCGGUUAGUAGACACGCCCCUUA